UCUGUCAACCUUCUUUUUAGUUGAAAAAAAAUCAGUAGAUUCACAGUCUCUCUAUCUCUUCUUUUUGUCUUUCACAGUUUUUCCAGCCUGAGAGCAUCUUGCAAUGGAGGAAAAUCAGGGGCAAUAUGGUAAUUUCACCUCUAAUUAAAGAUUGUAGAGAAAGAAAAGAGAAAGGGCAGCGGUUGUUUGAUGCAAUCUGCGACAAGAACACCCCAACUCAAAUCCACCUCCCCAAAUAUUUCCAUUCCCAUUUUUUUUAAUUUACUUUUUUUUUUUCUCUUUCCUAUAAUCACUCUGUGUAACUCCAGUCCAAGUACAGAUUUUGGAUUCAGGUUUAUUCCCAGAGUUUGGACUCAUAAUUUUCUCUUCUCUUCCACGAUGUCGACAUUAUAGAUAAACCCCAGCUUCUAAUCUUUUUGAAGGAAUUGCAGCAAUAGAUUCUCGAUUUUGCGCUAUGUCUGCUAAAUCGAAAUCUAGUUUAUCUGGAACUCCAAAUGCUAAAGCAUCACCGGCAACUCCUCGAAUCAGCAGGGGACUUGCUAGGCCUAGUGGUGAUUCGAUUUCCUCGUUGCAAAACGGCCGCCUCUCUAUGGAUCGUUCCCCGGGAUCUGUCACGCCCAAGUCUAAAGUGGAGAGGGUGUCUCCCAAGCCCAGCACGCCAACUGAUAGGAAGCCAACGCGUUUGGUGAGGCCCUCUUCAGAGCUUCAGGCGGAGCUGAGUCAAACGCAGGAGGAUCUGAAGAAGGCGAAUGAGAAGUUGGUCUCAGUCGAGAAGGAGAAGGAAAGGGCCCUUGAUGAAGUGAAGGAAGCCCAGAGAUUGUGUGCUGAGGCGAACGAGAAGCUUAAGGAAGCUCUGCAGGCUCAGAGACGUGCGGAGGAGAAUACUGAGAUUGAGAAGUUUCGGGCGCUUGAGAUGGAGCAGGUGGGGUUUGGGGAGAAUCACAUUAAGGAAGACGAAUGGAGGAAGGAGCUGGAGGAUGUGAGGAGUCAGCAUGCCAUGGAUGUGGCUGCGCUGCUGUCCACGACUCAGGAACUUCAGAACGUGAAGCAAGAACUGGCCAUGACGUCUGCUGCUAAGAACCAGGCACUGAACCAUGCUGAUGAUGCAACAAAAAUAGCCGAGAUUCAUGCAGAGAAGGUUGAGGUACUGUCUGCUGAAGUGAUUCGCUUGAAAUCUGCGCUUGAGUCGAGGGUGGAGAUGCAGGCCGUUGAGAACAACAAAUUGGUGUCAGGUUUGGAGUUAGAAAUACAUUCUCUUCGACAAGAACUAGAACGAGUGAAGUUUGUUGAGGAGAAAUUGGCCGGAAAAGAUGCUGCGAUGGAGAAACUCAAUGUUGAUCUAGAGGCUUCAAAGUUGUCUGAAUGUUAUGCGCAUAAUCUAGUGAGGGAGCUUCAUCAACAAGUCGUGGAGCUAACGUCUCAGGCUGAGCAAGCACGUGAAUCAGAGAAGUCGGCUUCAGAAACUCUUGGAACGGUCGCGAAGAAACUGGAAGACAGUAAUGAUCUGCUGCAUGAUGCAAAGUCUGAAAUCGAGCUGCUCAAGGAGAAGCUCGAUUUGUUGGAGAUCUCGAAUGAGAGACAGAAAGGUGACUUGGAGGAGUCAGAGCAUCGUCUAGAGCGAGCUAGAGCAGAAUCUUCUGAACUGGUGAAGAAGGUUGAAGUGCUCGAGUCUGAACUCGAAACCGCGAGAGAAAUGAGAAGCAUGGCGUUGAACAACGAAAAGAUUGCAGCUGCUAGUGUAGAAAAGCUGUUGGAAGAGAAGAACAAGCUCACGAACGAGCUGGAAACAUCCAGAGACGAAGAGGAGAAAAGCAAGAAGGCAUUGGAGAGUUUGGCAUCAGCGUUGCACGAAGUCUCCUCGGAAGCAAGAGACGUUAAAGAAAAGCUAAUCUCAAGUCAAGCUGAAAAUGAAAGUCAUGAAACACAAAUAGAGGAUCUGAGACUGUCACUGAAAUCAACAAAUGAGAAGUAUGAAAGCAUGCUCGAUGAUUCAAGAAAACAGAUCAAUACUCUUACCGAUUCGGCUGAGGAAUUGAGGCAUAAAUGUGGUAACUUGAAGGCCGAUUUGGAGCAGAGGGAGCUAGAUUUGGCAAAUUCUGUGAAAAAGUCUGAAGAUGAGAAAUCCGAUAUGGAAAACAAAAUAAGCAGGCUGAUUGAUUCAGUUGAACAGUCGAAGAUCGAUUAUGGUAACUUAAAGGCUCAGUUGGAGCAGAAAGAUCAAGAUUUGAUGAAGUCUGUGAGAGAGUCUGAAGAAGAGAAAUGCCAUAUGAAAAAUGAACUAAGCAGGCUGAUUGAAUCGCUUGAACAAUCGAAGCUUGAUUAUGAUAGUUUAAAGGCUGAGUACCAGCAGAAGGAGGUAGAUAUGGUGAAUUUGGUGAAGCACUCUGAAGAAGAGAAUGAUAGCAUGGAAAAUGAAGUAAGAAGGCUGGUGAGCUUGCUAAAACUGGCGGAGGAAGAGUCAUCUGCAGCGAAGGAGGAGAGGGAUCAGUUGAAUAAGUCCUUCAGCGAGGCUGAUUUAGAGGCAAUUCACCUAAAGCAAGUACUUGGUGAAGCGAAUGAGGAGAGCGCGAGGCUCAAAGAAUGUGUGAACGAGAUGGAAAACCGAUUGCAUAGGAUUCUUGCAGAGAAUGAGGAUUUGCACAAAAGGGAGGCAGCGUCUCAGGAAAAAAUCGAGGAGCUAUCUAAGUCACUCGAAGAAGCACUGGCCAAGCAGGAGGAAGAAAGUGGCAACCUAACGGACUGCGAGAGAGACUAUGAUAUGCUUCCAAAAGUGGUAGAAUUCUCCGAACAGAAUGGCAGGGGAGAUGUGAGGCAUGCAGCCGAACCCCUAUCUCAGCUGAACGAGCUGCGUAUCAAGGAGGGGCAAGCCGAAGCGAAUGCAUCUGGUGAUGAAGUUGAGAACUCGAAUGGGAAACUAAAAGAUGGUGAAAGAAACACAGAAUCCACAGAGGUCGACCUCAAGAUGUGGGAAAGCUGCAAGAUCGAUGCGAAGGACUUCUCUCCUGGGAGAGAAACGGAGCAAGAAUCAUUUGAGGAUGAGCUGGAGUCAAAAGGCGAAGGCGCUGAUAUGUAUGAUCAAGCGAACGGGGUGUUGUCGGGUGAUAGUGCUGGGAACAACGGGAGCCCCCAGUCGAAGUCAGGCAGUCAGAAGAAGAAAAAGGCUCUGCUGCAGAAGUUUGGAAGCCUGUUGAAGAAGAAGGGCAGUAGCAAUCACAAGUGAUAGCAGACAUAUAUUUGUGUUUAGGGAGGUAAAGUGAAUAUUUUUCCAUAUUUGAAAUGGAAUUUGGUUUUGGUGAUUUGGUUCA